AUGGCGGACCCGAUCCAAGAGCAGCAGCAGCAGCAGCAGCAGCAGCAAGUCGUCAAUGAGAAGCCGGUGACAAACGCUCCGGCCCCGACGACGACCCAUGGCCGGGCUGGCGGCCACAUCAACGACCAGGAAGUGCAGUUCUGGAAGGAGCGAGGCCACGACCUCCUGGCCCGACCAUCGGAGCACAUCAACUCGCGCUCGCCAGCCGGCGCGCAGCCCUGGUACGCGGGCUUCUUCGAGUGCUUCUCCCCCGUCGACACCUGCCUGAUCACCUGCUGCCUGCCCUGCGUGACCUUUGGCCAGGUGCAUCACCGGAUGCAGCGGUCCGCCGAGCUCGAAGGGUACGAGCCCAUCAACACCAGUUGCCUGCUGCUGUGCGGCGCGGCCUGCGUCGGCCUGGCGUGCGUGCCCGUGGCGAUGCAGCGCCAGAUGGUCCGCGAAAAGUACAACCUCGAGGGCAGCUGCAUCGGCGACUUGGCCAGGACGUACUGCUGCGGGUGCUGCGUGCUGGUGCAGAACGACAAGGAGGCGCAGCAUCGCGAGCGGCUCCUCCGACAGGGCGGCGGCGGCAGCGGCGGCAUCAACGAGCAGUACGCGCCGGCUCCCGCGAUGGCCGUGCCGGGUCAGCAGGUUUGA